UGCUGCUGGUAUGCAAAAGGUGGAGUCUGCUUACUUAACGGCAGGGUUGUCACAAUUAUGGCUCUGUGCUCACCUCCACCAACAGCUCCACGAUUACUGCAAAUCCAUGAUCUCGCCGACUUACUUGAGUUGCUCCGUCAGCAUGGCUACUCUGGUGUCACUUACUACGAUCUCGGUCUUUAUCUUGGCCUGUCUCCUGUUACACUGGAUGUUAUAAGAAAGGAUAACGAAAGGGAUAUUCAGAUUUGUCUACGGGAAUGUCUUAAGAUAUGGCUACAGAAAGCUGACGAUGUAGACAAGAAAGGUGGUCCAACUAUCCAUUCCUUGAUAUCAGCUCUGAAAAAAAUCAAAGAGAAAGCAGUAGCUGUUGGAAUAGACAUGGAAAAGCAUCCUGCUUGUAAAAUUUUUGCUGAUCACACUUCAAGCCAGUCUCAAGUUUUGGCUUCACUGUCAUAUUUAGCUCCAUUAUUGCAUUUUGAAAAGCUCAUUAAAAAGAUGAUCUAUUCAAAAGAUGAAGAGCAUAGCAUAUUGAUCGAAGUGCAAGAAGCUAUUUGCUUGGAUCAUUAUAAGCUAGAGGUGUUUGCUACAGUUUUGUUAAAAUGUACGGAUACAGCUGGGCUUGGAAAUGUUAUCAUGAAGAAAUAUAGAGAAGCCUAUUGUGAAAAUGAGUUGAUGAAAAUGGAAAAUGCUGAUCUACAAGUAGAUCAUAGUGCUGGGUUGAAAAUUUAUUUGCCUAAGAGCUUGACUUUGAAGUUUAAAUCAAUGCGAUUAAAAUAUGGCCGCACUUUCUUCAAAGUAGGAUCGAUCAUGAUGCAGAAUUAUCCACCAGCAAUAGCAGAUGAUAUGAAGCAGCUUUUGACAUUCUAUGACAAAGAGUUAAAGCCUUCUCUUGCUCAGUGUCAGAAAAUCAGCGAAAUUUUGGAAAUAGUUUGGGACAAGUGUUCUCUGAAUGACAUUGAAAUACUCGAGUUUAUUGUUAAUGAGCUUGAUAUAGAUGAGGCUAAGUUGGUUGUUCAAGAAUAUAAUGAAGCCAUUAAGGAGUUUAGCGAAAUGAAGCUUAGUCAGUGCCUUAAGGAAAAAUUUUCGUAUGGUUCACCACUUUCUUGUGAAAAGGUUACUAUUGUUGUUGAUCAAGAAGCUGCUGAUUUGACCCUAAAGGAUGUCCGGAGAUUGUCAGGAGAAAUAUUCAGAGAUCUUGUACCACAAAUCAAAUUGUGUGUUAUCAGAGAUGAUCAGUCUUUCACCGUAAUAUGUUCCUUUCCUUUGAGCCUUACUGAGCAGCUAAUUGCAAUUGCUCUGGAGAGCAUUGAGAUACUUAAGGAGAAUAAAGUCAAGAGAUUGACUAUUGGCUAUUGUACUGUGUAUGAGGUAGAUGAAGUGAAACCGGCAGAAGAGGAACAACAACAAAGCUUAUAUGGUGGUACUGGUACACUAAAGCAGUUGAUGUUGACACUGAGUGUACAAUUUCUCAGCAGUAAAGAUGAGAUAAGAACUUUGAAUGAGAAAAUGUUGUCACAUGGAAAAGAAGCAGAGUUACUAAGGAACAUACUAGGACAAAAAACACGAAUGUUGAAAGCACGAAGCGUUGAGGAUGAAAGAAAAAGUGAAUCUUUGCAGUCUCUACAAAGGAAAUUCAUAGAAUUAGAAGCAGAAACUGUAGCAGUUAAAGAGCGAAAACAAUUAUUGGAAGAACAACUUGCUUUAUUUCAAUCUGAGAAAGAAGAUAGUUUAGAAAGUGAAGAUCAGCCAAACAACAAAGGAGUUAAACAAUUAAAAAAGUCGUUGUCUGAGAGAGAUAAAGAGAUUAAAAUAUUGCAAAACAAAAUAUCAUCAAUUAGUAUUCAAGGGAUUGAGAAAGAUGAAGUAUUGAAUAAUAUAGCAGCAGAAAAUGAAAAGUUGAAAUUAAUAAUAGAUGAGACAAGUCAGAGCCUGGAGACUGAUAGUCAUGAUGAACAAAUAAAGUUUCUUACUCAACAAUUAGAAAUCUCCAAAACUGAGAAAAAAGAAUUAGAGAUUUCAUUGGCUGAAAGUAAAAAAGAAAUUGAAGCUUUACAGGAGAAGAUAUCAACAAUAAGUGUACAAAAACUUAGCCCCAAAGAACGAAUUUCGAUUGAUGAUGAUAUUUAUGGUGACAUUGAAAUUGACAAUGCACUGUUGAUAAGGAUUGUGAAAACACGUCAGUUCCAAAGACUAAAGGACAUCAAACAGUCAGGUUAUACUUUUCAAAAGUCUUAUUCAAGAUUUGAGCACAGUAUUGGAAUGGGGUUUAUUGCUGGAAAAAUUGUAAAACAAUUUAAAAAGAGACAGCCUGAGCUGAAUAUCAGUGAUAACGAAGUUUUAUGUGUUCAAAUAGCUGCUUUUUGCUUUAACUUGGGUCAUGGGCCAUUCUCUUACGUUUUUAAAGAUUACCUCCGUGAAGUAGAAACUUCUGAAAGAUCAGGAAAGUCUUAUUCUCAAAUGAUGCUUAAAUUCAUGAUUGAAGACAAUAAUCUGCCUCUGGAUGAGCAUUUAGCUGACCCUGAGCAAGAUAUUGAAUUCAUUGAAGAGCUUAUGACAGGAAACCAAGGACCACAAGCAGCACAGCAUGAAGACAAAACUUUUCUGUAUGAGAUAGUUGUGAACAGGAUAAGUGGCUUGGAUGCCAAUAUGCUUGACUGUACACUGCGAGAUGCAGCAAUUUUGGGAAAAAAUAUCAACUUCAAGUGGAAAGCUUUCCUAAAUAAAAUUGAAGUGAAGUUGUGUCCUGAUGGGAAAAGACAUAUUUGUGCCACAGAAGAACAUGAUUUGAAGAUAUAUACUGAGCUAUUUGCAGUCCGUCAUAGUCUCUUUAAAGAGUUGUACUAUCACAAAAAGAACAGAGCUGUUGCUACAAUGAUUAUGCUAAUAUUAAAAAAAUGUGGUGAAACAAAACUGGUCAGGGGAGCUGAUGGGUGAGUCCUCCCA